UUCCAUCAGCGAACCUGUUUCGUUUCGACUCUGUGUCUCCUCACGCUAGUUAAUAUUAUUGCCGUCCUCUUUAGCCACUAUCACACGGUUUGCACAGAUCGCCAAACUAUGUGGAGAUUCAAAAGAAAGAAGUCGCGUGCGCAGAAGCACGCAGGCGAUAUAGCUGGCGCCAGUGGAAACUCGUCUCCAUCCGCGCAUAGCCCCACAACACUGUCCCCCCAAGGAGCAGCGCAUCCAGAGACUUCAUCCUCUGCGAUACUACCCCUUAGACUACCAUCAACUACAACGCUAUCGCCUUUAUCUUCGCCAGAUGCUGUGGUCACUCCUCCAAGCCACCAGAAGCGAGAAACAAGUGAUACAAGUAUCACUCCAAUCAGCCUGCCCCAACCCAACCAAAAUUUAACCGAUUCGCAAACAUAUGAGCCAUUGGGGGAUCCUAUAGGGCUCACCGUCUUGUAUCAACCCGAAAUCUCGCCUUCAAUUGACAUAGUAUUCGUCCACGGUCUCGGAGGAACAAGUCGAACCACCUGGUCGAAAGGAAAGAACUUUGACAAUUGUUGGCCUGAGAAAUGGCUUCCUGCCGAAGUUGGCAUUCAGUCCGCUAGAAUUCUUACUUUUGGUUACGAUGCCAACUUUGCCUCAGUCAAGUCAACCUUGGCCACGGGCAUCAUGAAUUUUGCCAAAAGUUUGCUCUACUACAUGAAAUUCGGGAAGAACGAACAGUUGGAGGACUUGAACUUGGGUCAGAGACCUAUCAUUUUCAUUGUGCAUUCCAUGGGCGGCCUUGUUGUCAAGCAGGCCUACGUUUUGGGACAGCACGAUCCUAAUUAUGCAGAGAUAGUGAAAACUAUUAGCGCGAUCAUCUUUCUGGCGACACCGCAUCGAGGCUCAAAUCUAGCCAAGAUCCUUGGCCGCAUCUUGACUGUUUCUACCUUCAAUCACAACCCGAAACAAUAUGUAGCAGAUUUGAAGAACGGAUCUCCGCUCAUCGAAGCUCUCAAUGAGCAGUUCAGACAUCUGGCCCCAAAGCUGGAUAUCUUUUCAUUCUAUGAAACUUUGCCCACCGGGAUCGGGCCCAAGAAAAUGAUGAUUGUUGAGCAGCAUUCAGCGACCCUUGGCCACAACACCGAGAUUACGAAGUCGAUGGUGGCGGACCAUCACACAAUAUGCAAGUAUGACGGCGUCAAAGAUGUCAACUACAUUAGUGUCAGAAGUGCCCUCAAAUCCUUGAUCACCUCAAUCUUCCCAAGAGGACACACGAAAAGAAUACAAUCCGAUGACAACAUGAGAAGCAUUGAAGCCCUUCUAUCGGUGACUGAGAGUUACAGCGAUGAUCUAGACUUCUUCAGAACGCGCUGGACUGAGGGAACCUGCCAAUGGAUACUCGCGGAUGCUUCCUACCAGAGCUGGUAUGAGGAUGAAGAAACAUCCAUACUUUGGCUUCAUGCUCGGCCUGCUAGUGGAAAAUCCAUCCUCUCUUCGUUUAUCAUCGAUCAAUUGCUGGAAAGUUCUUUCUGCGCCUACUUUUUCUUCAGAUUCGGCAUCCAAUCCAAAAGAUCUAUGAGCACUUGCCUCAGAACUAUCGCUUAUCAAAUUGCGGAGCGCAUCCCGUCGUUUCGGCAUGAGUUGAGCAACCUUCGAAUCCCAUCCAAAUCUUUGGAAAAGGCUGAUGUGCGAACCAUCUGGGAAAAGGUUUUUCUAGACCUCCUGUUCAAGAUGCGAAUCAACGUAACAAUGUACUGGGUUAUCGACGCCCUCGACGAAUCGGAAAACUCUCAAGUCUUCGUCGAAAUGAUGCGAGGGGUCUCCAAAGCUUCGUUUCCGAUCAAGAUUCUUCUUGUCAGCCGGCAGACAUCGGAACUUGUGCAAACUUUCGAGCGCUUGUCGAGGGAUAUGAGGGUAUGCUACUUACCAAUAGAACACACGAGCAGCGAUAUUCAGAUUUGUGUGAAAAAGGAAGUGCAGUACAUUCAUACUGAUGAUGACUUCAAAGACCAAAUCAUCCAAAGACUGGUUAAUGCUGCACAGGGAAAUUUUCUCUGGGCUAGCCUCGUCCUUGGUGAGGUCGUGAAAUGUAACACCGAAGAAGAUCUCGAAGACACGUUGCGCGGGAUCCCGAGCGGAAUGGAGAACCUCUACGAGCGUAUGGAACGGAUGAUCAUCGAAAAGAUUCCACCGCACCAACAGAGCCUUGGCCAGAUGAUUUUAAGCUGGGCCGUGUGUUCUCGAAGACCUCUAUUAUUGAAGGAGCUCGACCAAGCCCUUCGACCGGAAUUCUCUAUAAUGACUGAACUGAACGUCAUUAUAAAUCGGGUGUGCGGUCAAUUUCUGGUUGUCGACGCUAGUAAUCGCCUCAUAAUGGUUCAUCAAACAGCGAGAGAUCACAUCAUCUCAACCGACUCGAAACUAGGAGUGCGCGUUCCGGAGGCUCACGAGAUUCUUUUUGAAAAAUGCCUCUAUGUGAUUGAUGAGAAACGUCUACGAAGAGAUUCCAGCCACAAACUACUGUCGACUAAGAGUCCCGACUACACCGAAUUCAUUCGAUAUGCGAUGACAUCUUGGAACUACCAUUUGAACUUAACCGCGCUGGAUUCUGAAGUCCCCAUAAAACUCAUGGCAGAUUUCCUCCGUAACAGCUCGGUACUGGCGUGGAUCGCUUGGUUAGCAAAUAAGAACUUGCUGAAAGUCCUGGUCUACUCAUCUAGAGCCCUCACGAAGUUUGCGGCGCGAGAACGGAAAAGAUACGCAAACAUAGCACCUUUCAAUCAACCAAAUCAAGACUUGGAUUUGAUUGAGUCUUGGGCAACUGAUCUUCUCAAGCUUAUUGGGAGGUUCGGACCAAAUCUAGUUGCCAAUCCUGAUGCUAUUUACCACCAAAUCCCCCCGUUUUGCCCAGCAAAUUCAGCCAUUUCUCGCCAUUUUGGGCAGAAAGGCUCACAGACACUUCCAGUGAUGGUGAGCGGGGUUUCCAAAGAAAAUUGGGAUGAUCGACUUGCAAAAUUAUCCAUUGGGUCGGGAUCGCAAGCGCUGUUGGUAGCAUGUGCAGGCGACCACAUCGCCGUUGCAGACGGGAAAGGCCAGAUCGUUCUAUACAAUGCCGCGACUUUCGAAGUGAAGCGCGUACUGAAACACGCGGGCAUAGUAUGCGCUAUGGCCUUCAGCGCCAGCUCCAAAUUUCUUGCGACAUACGGCUUCGCGACCACUCAUGUGUGGUCUGUGAAUACAGGACAGAUCAGGCAAAGGAUCAUCAAUCCGAGGGGUAGCACCGCCCUCACAAUGGUUUUUACAGAGGGUGAUACUAAGCUGAUGGCGGGUUGCAGUGACCGUCUUCUCCGUUUUGCAGCAUUGUCGGAGCCAGAACCGGAUUGGGUUGUUUUACAUCCCAAUUUACUCAAAGACGACACGGUGUUGGAUCGACCUGUCUCCAAAGUCCCGUGGCGUAUUGCGUUCAACGAUGAUGCAAACUACGUUGCUGUAGCCUACCGGGACUUCCCAAUGUCUGUUUGGUCCCUCGAUGAUGAUAACCCAAAAUUGAUUGGCCGGGCUAUGCGCAGCAGAGAGUAUGCAGGAAAUGCGUGGACUGUCGUCGAUCAAGUCAUCUGGCAUCCAGAUUCUGAUGAAGUGCUGGGCCUCUAUCUUGGCGGGCAUGUUUUCCGAUGGGAUCCUUUCCAGAACACCCAACAGGAGAUCCAAGCUGAUGCGACUAUUCUCGCCUCGAGUCCGGAUAGCCAGUUCUUUGCAACCGGCGACCGCAACGGUACCAUCAAGAUAUUCGACUUCUCCCAAUUUGUGCUAGUCUACCAACUCUCCUGUGAGCACUUGAUAAACGGGAUAUGCUUUAGUCCUGAUGGAAAACGCUUGUACGAUAUCAGGCAGCAUUUCUGCAAUGUCUGGGAACCAACAACUUUGGUGCAGGCAAGCGGGCGAAAUGAGCAAGACAUCGAAACGGAAAGCGAAGUGCUCAGCGUAUCGACUCUGACAGUUACCGAGAAUUUCGAGGAAUUGCGAGACCAGAUCACAGCAAUUGGCGUUCAAUUCAAUGGCCACUACCAAGCGAUUGGCAACGAAAUCGGUCUAGUAAGCAUAGUCGACACCGCUUCUCCCGAUUGCCAUGCAACUGCAGUGUGGCAAGCGCCAGUGAAGCUGCCCAUCGGUCAUCUUGACUGGUCAGAAGAUGGCAACUAUCUGGCAUGUUCAGAACUGACGGGUCGCGUGGUUGUCAAGAAAUUGCAACUUGCCCCCAAAACGAUGUGGACUGUAACUCAUCACUUCGCGGUUAAGCUCACCGUCGAUAGUGAAGGCAUCCAAGGUAUACUUCUGAACAAGAAUGGAAGCCUGCUCAUGAUAAAGAAUGGCCCCAACGUUACGAUAUGGUCACCGGGCGAUGGAUCGCGAUUGGCAACUGAGAUUAUCGCCCUAUCAGCACCCAAUACUAAAUGGACAAAGCAUCCGAAAGACGCGAAUCUACUUUUGGCCUUUAGCCCUUCCGGAUUGAGUGUGCAUCGAUUUGAGGAUCUUGCUAUGGUCGCCCACUAUGACAUGGAACAUCCACAGGUCCAUAGUAUCGGUCAGGACGCAGAGGCAGACGAAGAACAAACGGGUGAAUUAAAAGUUGAAAGUCUUCAUGUCGCGUCAGACGGGCUGAGCUGUCUGGUCGACCUGAUUCACACAACAGCCAAGUCUGAGACGCGUCUCACUGUCCUGUGCGAGAUUCCCCAAUUGAGUUCUCCAAUCAUGGCAUCAGGGCCUGCCGUCCCACACGAUAUUCAAGUGGAAAUAGAACGUCCACUUGCGAUACUUCAAAAGCAAAGACUGAUAUAUCUCGACAAAGGCAAUUGGAUUUGCUCGUAUCGGCUGCACUCCAAAUCCACGACCAGUAAGGCCCAACAGCACUACUUCCUACCCAAAGAUUGGAUGGACAUCGAGUGCUUAAAGCACUGUGCUUUAAUUGCGGAUGGCAAACUCCUCAUGCCUCACAAUGGGGAGUUGGCGGUAAUUGAGUGCAAUGAGAUGAACUUUUGGUAA